CCACCAUAUUAUUGUUGAAAUUAAUAUACUGCCAUGGGUGUAAAAAAUAAAAAUCACGUUAAUCCGAACCCUUUGAUCAGUGCUAGGUGGAUUAAUAAAACUUUUUUUUGGUGGCUUACAGAUCUGAUUCGUUAUGGUAGAAACCAAGAUCUCGUAGCCAAUGAUCUUUAUGACACUAUUUCUGAAGAUCGUAGUGAAAUUUUACGAAAAUGUUUGGAAAUAGCCUGGCAAAAUGAGAAAAAUACCGCUUGCAUAAAAAAGAGGAAACCAAGCUUGUGGAAAGCUUUCAUAAGAACAUAUUUCAGAGAAUUUCUUAAACUGUCCUUGUUUAUAUUGGGCUCCACUAUCAUUAUGACAAUAGAACCUUGUUUGUUAGAAUUAAUGAUGUCUUACUUUCAUCCAACUUCAACUAUGACUCAGAUGCAGGCUUACCUUAAUGCAACUGCAUUCAUUUUUCUCAUGGUAUUGCGGUCACUACUAUCUAGACAUGGUUUUUUCCAUCUUACUCGACUUGGUAUGCGAGCUAGAAUAGCUCACACUUCACUGAUUUAUAAGAAGAUGGUACGAAUGUCAGUAUCAGCUAGUAAAAGUCAUAAUAGCUCGGUGAUAAGUUUACUUACUACCGACGUGUCAAAGUUUGAUACUUUCUUCACUUUCUCACCUUAUAUGAUUAUCGUGCCUAUUCAAGUGGUUGCUACAACCUAUUUAAUUUGGCAAUACGUCGACCUCAAUUCUACACUUCUGAGCGUUGCACUAAUGAUAUUUUUAACAAUGCCCGUUUUAGCACUUUAUAAUAAGAUAUUUUUAAUAUUUCGAACAAAACAAACUCUGAGAACCGACAAACGUUUAUUACUGAUCAGCGAAAUUGUUAGUGGCAUUCGAGCAAUAAAGAUGUAUGUUUGGGAGAAUUAUUUUGAAGAUCGCGUUCGGAUAGCUCGAGGACUCGAGAUUGGAAGCUAUCUCAAGAUAGCAUAUCUUACGUCAAUAGUAGGCGCAACUGCUCAUUUUUGCCAUCGACUCUGCGUUUUUGUAAUCAUUUUGAUUUGCUUGGGUCAGCACAGCAUCAUAACUGCUAGACAAAUUCUACCCAUCGCCCAGCAUUUUAACAAUUUAAGAGACAGUAUUACCAGUUUACUUUUUUUGGCUUUAAGGCGCAUAGCUGAUCUACGUGUUUCAAUGAAGCGAAUUGAAGACUUUUUAUUGAUGCAAGAAGUGGAUUUAAACGUUGAAAAAAUAAAAUAUGACAAUACUGAUGAGAUUAUAUCGAUAAAAAAUGUAACUGUUUCUUUGGACGAUCAAUCACAUAUCUUGGAAAAUAUUAAUUUAAAUUUUGCUCCAAAAAAUUUGUAUGCCAUUGUUGGUGCAGUUGGAUCUGGCAAAAGUUUAUUACUAAAGUUAAUUUUGGGAGAACUUCGAUUGACAUCUGGUAGAGUGUUUGUAAAUGGUAAACUAUCGUAUGCAAGUCAAGAACCGUGGUUAUUUCCUGGUUCUAUAAGAGACAAUAUAUUGUUUGGAGAAGAAUACGAUGAAAAAAGAUAUGACAACGUCGUUAGUGCCUGCGCUCUUUUAGAGGAUUUUGCUCAUUUGCCUUACGCUGACAAGACUAUGGUUGGCGACAAAGGCAUGAAUCUAAGUGGCGGCCAAUGCGCUAGAGUUAACUUGGCGAGAGCAGUUUAUAGAGAUGCGGAUAUUUAUCUAUUUGAUAAUCCUUUAUCCGCGGUAGAUACACGCGUUGCAAAAAAAUUAAUGGACGAGUGUAUUCAUAAGCUACUUGAGCAUAAAACUAGACUCAUUAUCACUCAUAAUAUGGAGCUUUUGACGGAAGUUGAUGACAUUAUUUUUUUGAAUUCCGGUACUAUUGAAUUCAGGGGAAAUAUAGAAAAUUUUAGACGAAACGACUUAUAUCUCAAACAUUUACCAUCUGAUCAAACUGAUAAUUUAGAUCAAGGUUUAGAUAUAUUAAAAUUAAAGACCGAUGUAUCCAAUACAAUAAUCAAUUCUUCAAAAAUUAAUAAUGAACCAUUAGAGACAGAGGAAUUGAUUGCUAAAGGAACUGUCAAGAUGUCUGUCUAUUCGCGAUAUAUCAAAGCUGGCGGUAUUUAUCGACUAUUGUUAAUGGUUUUUCUUACUUGUAUUUUCGUAUUAUCAGUAAUGUUUUACGAUUAUGGACUUGUAAAGUGGAUUCAAGAAAGGAACUCAUCUUCACUAAAUAAAGUAGAAUAUAACGCUACGACCUACUCUGUGAAUUCAGACCAAAAUAUACCAUUAAUACUUGGAGGUAUCAUUUUAGUGAUAGUUAUACUAUCGAUUGUAAUUAACAUCGGCUCUAAUAUAUUCAUGCUGUGUGCCAGUAACAAUAUUCACAAUGACAUGUUUUCACACUUAAUAAGAACAACACUACGAUUUUUUGAAUCAAAUCCUUCUGGUCGAAUUUUGAACCGCUUUUCAGAUGAUACCCGCAUAGCCGAUGAUCUUCUGCCUAAAGUUUUAUUUGAAGUCAUUCAACCAUUCUUCAUGGUAACAGCACUUACUUUAUCAGUAGUAAUUGUCAAUUGGUGGAUCAUCAUACCUAGUAGCAUUUUAAUAUUCUUAUUUGUUUUAAUUGGUAAAAUGUAUGUAGCAACAGUUCAGAAACUAACAAGACUAGUUGGAAAUGCAAAAAGUCCUGUUUUGUCUUUUAUCGCAUCAUCGCUAGCUGGUUUGACAACGAUACGUGCAUGCAAAGCUGAAGAUAUUGUCAGUAAAGAUUUUGAUUCUCGUCAAGAUCGUCAUACGGCAGCGCAGUUUCUCGUUUGGGCUCUGAUUCCGGCAAAUUAUCUAUGGGCUGAAUUAACCAAUCUUGGAUUAUUGACCACAACUGUAUAUGUUUGUAUAAUUCUGAAAAAUGAUGACACUUUUGAAGGAUAUGUAGGACUAACUUUGAUGCAAAUUAUGAAUAUGACUACAGAAUUGUCGAGUAUGUUAAUAAGGCUUGUUCAAUCUCUUGCUUAUAUGCCAAAUAUCGAAAGAAUGUUACAGUAUACAGAAUUGCCACAAGAAGAUUUUACUUCGAACAAAUUAGAGAAAAAAUUGCCAAAGUCGUGGCCAAAUAAAGGAGGUAUUAAAUUUGAAAAACUUUAUUUAAGAUAUUUGGAUGAUAGUGAUCCAGUUCUUUGGAAUAUCAGUUUUACUAUCGCAUCUGGAUCAAAGAUAGGCAUCGUUGGUCGUACAGGUGCGGGAAAAUCAUCAUUGACAUCAGCUAUAUUUCGCACAGCUAACAUUGAAGGCUCGCUUUCUAUCGAUGGUGUUGACGUUAAGAAUGUUGAUUUACCGACGUUGCGAUCGAAAAUAUCAAUAAUUCCACAAGAGCCAUUUUUGUUUAAAGCAACACUAAGGAAAAAUCUCGAUCCUGUUGAUGAGUUUAAGGAUGCCUUACUGUGGUCUGCCUUAGAUGAUGUAGAACUCAAAGAAAUGUUUAAUACAUUAGAAUUUCCGAUAGAAUUUGGAGGUAGCAAUUUGAGUUUGGGACAACGUCAGCUAGUUUGCUUAGCACGUGCCAUACUCAAACAGAACAAGAUUCUUAUUUUGGAUGAAGCUACCGCUACCAUUGAUUUAGCAACGGAUGCACUUAUCCAGAAAACGAUCAGAGACAAAUUCAACAAGUGUACAGUGUUAACGAUAGCUCAUCGACUCAACACGGUAGUGGACAGUGACAAGAUUUUAGUAAUGGAAAACGGUAGAGUUAUGGAAUAUGAUCAUCCAUAUUUACUAUUACAAAACAAUGACAGUUAUUUUUCUAAAAUGAUUCAACAAACAAACAAUGCUAUGUUACGGCAGCUUAAGACCAUUGCAGAACAGGCAUAUAUGAAACUUCAAUAAGCCACCUAUCGUCUGAUGUAAAGUGCCACCAUGAUUAGGAAAAACCCAGGCUAUUGUAGAGAAAAAAAAAUAGAGAUAGUAAUAAUCUUGAUUCACAGAUUUUGCGCAAGAUUUCAUUCAGUAUUACUUCAUAGUCACAGUCACGAGUAGGCUCAGAAGUAGCGACGACAGUGUAUCUAUAUACUUUAAAAUGACAUACCCGGGCUUCCUCGAAACUUAUAUAUGUAUUUUUUUCAACUCCCUGCAUGAGUUAAGGAUAUUUUUGUAAACUAAA